UUGAAUAAUAAAAUUUCCUAAAUAUUAGCAUAUUUAUCAAGUGAUUAUAACAGAAGCGUCUAAUUUUAUCGCAACGAUGGCAGUGUAGUGCAAUGAGCGUUGAUUUGUGUCACGGGAGUUCAAAUACAUUAUUUUUGUGAUAAUAAUGAUUAAACAUUUGUUCAGUUCUUGAAAUAGAUGGUGUAAGAAUUGUAUUUUCCUGUUAAUGAUUUCUUAUGACUGUGAAAUCUGUCAAUAUUUUAUUAUUUAUGUGAUAUGAGUUGGCGGGAAUUUGCCGGUGUAAAUUAAGCGUCGUCUGUAUACUCGACAAUGACUUCGGUAGAAGAAGGCGAGACGCCACCUGAAGAGGUGCCGGCGGGAAAUCCAGAUGAGCUAACUAAAAACCCGACAGCUCUGAAAGAGGCUCAUGAGCAAAUGGCAACUCUAGAUGUUUUGGUGUGUGGCCAGUGCCACUCAGCAUUCCAUUUUGUUGAGGAUUUUAAAGAACACAAAGAUGCCAACAAUUGUACUGGAAAAUCUCCAGUUAGAGAUAGUAAUGAAAGUAAAGCGCAAGUGUGGGCUUUCCUUCUAUGGAAGUGCUCAUCUGUCCGAGAUGGCUCCACUGUGAAUACAGACAACAGCUGGAAGUUAUACCAACAGUGGUGCCGCAUGGCGGAGGCCCAAAGGACUGCCUGGAUUACAGCCGGAUCUAAUGUACAGGCCCUGUCUAAAUUUGCACAUGCUAAAGUUAUGGAAGUUAAGACCGAAGAUCAACUGGUUCCUGUUCAAACACCAGUACAGCAUGAAGUUAAGAGACGAGGCAGACCGAGGAAGACACCCAAGCCGGAGGACUCUGAAACACAACCCUCAGGGGAAGAAAGUGACGAUAUUGUUAAAGCUAGCCCUGGACUGAAGAAUGUCCAAAAAGUACCAAUACCACAAAAUCUUAACAAAUCUAAGGAGUUGAAUGAGUCUGUGCGUAAUGCCCAAGAGCGAGUACCACCUGAAGAGCGGAUUGCGCGUCGUACUGAGCGCCAGGGCGAUCCAACUGAGGCUGGAGAAUAUGUUGUCGAGAAGAUCUUGGCCAAGCGAUUUAAUCCACGUCGGAAGCAGUAUGAAUACCUGCUCAAAUGGGAAGGAUAUCCACAUGAGCAAAAUACUUGGGAACCAGUGGAAAAUAUGGAGACUUGUAAACAUUUAUUGGAGGCUUUUGAAAAGCAGCUGGCACGACAGAAGGAGCUGAAGGCUCUUAGAGCUCAGCAACAACAACAGCAGCAGCACCCAGUACAGGUGAAACAAAUUAGUACACCCUUGCCUCAAGUUGUCAAGCAAGUGGUAAAGAAAUCUGACAGUCCUGCUGUUACACCAUCUGGGCGUCUUCAGCGCACAAGUAAAGUUCGCGCUUUAGAUCAGGUCAAGGCAUGGUGUGGUGCUGAGGAUGGUGAACCAGCUGCCAAGAAAGUGAAAAAGGAAUUAUCUAGUGAAGAUGAGGACUACUCUGACCCUGACUCAACUAAAGCUGACAAGAAAUUGCUGAAUGGUCAAUCUUCGCCGACCAAGUCCACUCUGGACCCUGAGCUGGUGAAAUCACUCGGUCUUGCGGGAAAAGGCAUGCCGAACAUAAAGGGCGUCAUUAAAGUUGACCCUAAGCAUAUGCCUAAUCUUACCACAGGUGUCUAUAUAAUGUCGAAGAGUUCAGGAAUUAUGAAGAUUGAUUCGCCUGGGAAAUUAGGACCGGGUCUAAAUAUAGAUCAGGAUGUGAUUCGGAAACAGAUAUUAGCAGCCAAACAGAAAAAGUUAGAAGAAGCCAAGAAGACAUCCCCUAUCCGCACACCAAUGACGUCACAGAUAAAGAAAACUUAUGGUUCUGGAGGACAGCAAGUGACAGAGAAGACUAUAAUUACUCCUUCAGGACAAAAGAUUAUUCAGCGCACUAUUCAAAGACCAGCAGGACAAGGGGUUGAAGGAAAGUCACCUGUCACCAUACUCAACAAGAAACUGGCACAGGGCGACAGUUUACUGCGGCGCGGCGGGUCAGGCCGGGGGCGCGGCCGCGGCGGUUAUUCUGUAGCUACGGCCGGCGGGAACAUUGUUCGGAUCCGUGACAAAGUUCCUGUGUUAGACUUCGAGCAGUCGGAUGCGUCAUCUGACACGUCUGAUGGCAUCGAGGAUCCGUUCCCGCGCCACCUGGGUCCGCUGCCGCCUCCGAGCCCGGAGCGCGAGCUGACGCUGUGUCCCCUGACGGGGCGGCGCCUGGCGCGCGCCGAGGGCGAGCCCACGCCGCCGCCGACACCAUCGCCGCCGCCAACACCACCACCAGCCCCCGAAGCGCUGGCCGGUACUAUGCUUAUGAAGGUCGAAAUGUCUCCUGGUGGCACAACUGGAAUGCUGGUACAAGGAGAUGGUGCUCAACCCUCACUUCCUGUACUUACUGAUGAAGAUGGUACGGAAGUAAAAGUGGAGGCCAGUGCUGUCAAACAAUUAUUAGAAGGGGGAGUUGGAGUUGACGACGGUGAAGAGGUUGGAUUACUACACUCAGGACACACGCCUAUCAUGAUCAGAGGAGAAGAUGGAGUCCUAUAUCAGGUCGCAGGCGAAAAUGAAGCAGGUCAAACGCUACUUGUAGCUGCUGAGGGAGUCGAAGGUGCCGUAGAGGGCGUGGAAGGCGCAGUUGAAGGCGACGGUGACGUCAUGUACGUCACGAGAGAGGAUGGACAGGAGGUGUUGGCGAUCGAUCCCUCUCAGCUGGCGCAGUUAAUGCCCGGAGGCGAGACGGCGCCCGCGCUGCAGCAGGUCGCCGUGCAAGUCGAGGGGGAGCCCGGGGAGGAUGCCACGCAGGUCAUCGCGCAGCUACUGCAGGCUGACCUACCAUCACCCGGUGGAACACGAAGGGUGGUACUUAUGUUGCCUGAUGGCAGUUUGACAAUGACUGAACUUGAUAAAGAACAGUAUGAAUCAAUAACAGAAGCUAGUAAAGCACAGGAAUAAAAUAUUUGACCAAUUCGAAAUGUGAUGAACCACUAUUUAUUAGAGGAAAUCAAAUAUGAAUAAGUAUUUGUUCUCUAAGCCCCAAGCUUUGAAGCGUUAGACCUCAUUAUGACGGAAUAGUAUCAUGCAAUGUCGAAUUCUUAUUUUCUUUACGUUUUUAAGGUACAUACCUAAUACAAUUUUUAAUUUAUAAUUAUGUCUGAAUAUGAAGUGUGUAUACACACAGAUUGGUUACAUCGUGAAGUAUUCUGUACAAACGUGUAUUACGAUUGUGAUUUGUGUUUCUGAGUUUCUGUUGUCAAUUUGAUAUUUAAUAAACUAUUGAUAAGACAGUGUUAACCAAAUAUCAGAUGGGCACCAAGAAAUAACAUAGUACAUCGAAUUGACAAGCAGUUUAUUAAUUGGAUAAGCAUUGGUGGAUGUAACACGGCCCUGAUGUAGUUUUCUGUAAAAUAUAUCAGCAAAUACAAGACUGACUGCCACUAAGCUGUAAAUAAAACUUAUUACAGUAUGUGUCCUUCAGGAGUUGGGUAUUCUCAACUUUGAUUAAGACUCAAUUUACAUUGCCACGAAAUGGAAUAAGAGUGAAUAUUGCGGCUGUAAUGUACAAGCUAUAGUAGCCAUGAGAAUUUUCGACUAUGUGUAAUUUUUUGGCUAAUUUUUAGGUUGUAUGUUUGUUACACAAUUUAUGUAAAGUUUAUGUAUAAUUUCUUUAUUGAUUCCAUUUUGCUGCAAUGUUAAAUGAGUCUAAGAACAAGUCAAGUUAAUAUUAAACAAUACGUAAGUAUUGUUUUAGAAGUAGUUUGUAUAAUAGCUUAUAGGUAAGAUUUUCUUUCUACCUUUUAAACAAGGGAUGAUGAGCUAGAUAUUUUUCUGUAUAAAAAGAAUGACGAAUAAGCAGUUGACAUUUUUCUUCUUAGAUACAUAUAUGGACUGUGAUGGAAUAUAAUUUUCACACCUUUGUGCAUUUUAUUUGUAUGGAUGUUCGAACUCUACAUUUACGGCUAGCCAGCUAUCGGUUUAAGGCCUCGCCAUCAUCCCUACGAUUAACAAAAACAUAUUUUUAAAAUAUGUUUAGAAUUCUAUUCAUUUCAUCAUGAACUCUGAUUUACAUUAUAGUUUCUAGUAUUGUAUAUAAUCAAAUUUGUAGAUUCAUGCCACAUGAUUUAUCCUCAAUUAAAUUAAAUGCUUUUAUAUUGAACUGUACUUCCUUUGUAGGCUUCUUAAAAGAAGCUAAUUUGAUUAACAAAAAUAGCUCUAAUGCUAAGUGGUUACCCUUUUCUAGUGUGUUUUAUAUAAUAUUGUUAAGAAACAUGUUCUUUUACCCGAUUGUUUUCCUUUCAUUAAGGCUUGGAUAUUGUGAGCCUACGAACUUAGUAAUUGCUAGUAAUUCGCGGAGAAUAUGAGCUAGAUAUCUGCACUCAAAUUAUAGUUACAUAGAAUAAUAUUCAUUACUCUGCAUCGUAAGGACAUUCAUUUCGUGCUGUAUCUAGUACAGGUCUAUUUUUUUUAUCGUCUCGAUAAAUAUGUUCCCUUAUAGUGUAACUAAAAACUUAUUGAACUCUCAAGUUCUAAAUUGGUACUUUACAAAUUGUAAAUAAAUGCCCAAAGGGAAGUCACCUUGCUUGACUACCAACACGGAAAAUUCUUAUUGGAUAAGAUCUUAUAAUAAGCUACAGCAUAUGAGAAAUGUGGUGACGUCUAAAGUUGUCUUUAUUUUAGAUUUGUAAUAUAAUGAUAUAAUUACAAUAAAAUAUAGUAUAAUAGGUA